AACAAUUCCGUAAUAAUGACGAUGAAAAGAGAAGUUGCUGAUCAUCAAAGGGACCGUGUGGACUGUAUGCACUGUGCAGGGUCGGCUUUAUAUACACACACUAUGUGUACACACACCCCACAUAUUUCUGCGUUUGAUUCUGCUCCCAUCCCACUUCUUUCUUUGCUCUUGGUUUUUGUUGAGAGAGAGAGAGAGAUGGGGACGCUGCCGCCAAGGUCGGUAGCAGUAGAUGAUGCUCGAGUAGAGGAUGCAAAAGUUGGCCAAGAAGAAGCUGAUCGUGAUCGCCAACAGAAGCAACUCGAUGCUGGCGCUCUUUUUGUUCUCAAAUCCAAAGGAUCGUGGGUGCACUGCGGUUAUCACUUGACAACAUCAAUUGUUGCUCCACCACUUCUAAGUUUGCCGUACGCUUUCACCUUCCUCGGAUGUAUGGCCGGAAUUUUGUGUUUGGUCAUCGAAGCACUAGUUACUUUCUACUCAUACAAUUUAAUCUCUUUGGUUUUUGAAAACUAUGCUCAAUUGGGUCGUCGCCAUCUCCGAUUGAGAGACAUGGCUCUUGACAUUCUAGGGCACGUCAAAGAAAGAAGGAGCAUAAUCUAGCCCUCACUAAAAGAGGCUCUACCUUAAUCCAGAGAGGUUCUCCUUCAUCCUUCCAAAAUCCAAACCCAAUCUCAUAUGCUCUCCCUUAUAACAAAGGCAGGGAGAAUGGUGUAGCUGACAAUCUUUUCAGAUGCACCAUUGUGAUUCCUCUUAUGAAAAUAGAUUCCGAUUUACUGUUAUCUCCAAGAUAGGUUGGUGAAAAAUACCACCAAGAUCAUAUUCGUCCGUUUCUCAAGCCAAAAUAUUGGUACGAAAGACUUCUGAUAGAGACCGAAUCAGUCGAUGUUAUUCAUAGAUAUAGGAGUGAAACGAACAACAUGAUUGCGUUUUAAAAAAUUACGAUACUGAAAGUUAUCUCUCUAGAAGAAUGGGGAAAUACCCCUAUCAUUUGCAUCUACACUCCAGCCCUGAUAUGAGUCCAAGAAGGUAUAAUUUAUGGGAUUACUAGAAAGCUUGGGAUGUAGUGUUAUGUUUCCAAAACCUUCGUUAUUCCCACAUCUGGUUCAUCUAGUUUCAUCUUAGAACUCUGAAAGAGAUUCCUAAUUGGUUUAGAACAUGGUUCAUUGUUUGGGGUCCAAAUUUGGAUUAUUUGCCCCAAGUAAUUGAUGAUUCUUUACUAGAUAAUAUUAGUAAAGAAAAUACUGAUUAUCUUGAAAAAAAAAAUUGUUUCUCUGGUUCAUGAUAUUUUAUGAACUCCCUUGGAUUCUGAAAUGGGACUAUGGUUUUGUUGACAACGAUGAUGGUGCCUGGGAUUUCGUUCCCUAGCUUGAAACACAGCUCUUUAUCCGUUGGUGGGACAAGUUUCACCUGGAUCAUCUUAGGCUAGAUGUUUUCAAGGCCAGAAGAAUCUUGCCUGAUAGGCAGUGCGCUAUUGAACCUUCCCGUUCAUCCCUUGAAUCAUCAUCAUCAUCAAAGACUGAAAGACUUAAAUCUUUAAUUGAGUCCAGCCCAUCUUGUUUGAAGAAAGAUCUAAAAGAAAAGGUUCUGAAAAUCCUUGAGUUAGACGACCUAGAUGACGAAGAGAUAAGAUCUGAAGACGUGCCAUCUUAGCAUAACAUGGAUGAAGACUAUGGAAAUGAUAAUGAGGAUGAUUGCUAUGGAAUAUGUCCUCCUAUCCGUCCAAAGAAAUAAAGCAUGAAGUGCUUUUUCUCUGAAAAAA